UUCCUAAUAUUCAAACUGCAAACAUAUCAGAUAAUUCUCCACUAAUUAAAGACAAAUAUGUUUUUGUCUUAUAUGAUGAAACUUUGUAUGUCAGAAGAGUUAUGGCAUUAUAUUUUGAAGGCUGUAAUAAUCAUUGUUAUACAGAUGAACCUGUUACAGAUUUGAAUAAUAUUUCUUAUAUUUCAUUAUAUGUUUAUUUACCUAUUCAUCUUGAUUUGUUUAGUGAUAUUUUAAAAGAAAGUUGUAACCUUUUAACACAUCAUUUAGCUUCUAAUAUUAUUUAUCAUAUUGAUAAAUUAGGAGUAUUAAUUGAUAGAAAUACUUUAAAAUUACUAGAGGAUGAAAAAAAAUACUUUGAUUAUUUUAGUCAGAAUGAU